GCUCUUAAAUUUUUGAUCGACAUUGUGGGGUUCCUCUGAAGUGACUGCACCAUUAUAACCAUGUUUCAACGAUUACUGCAACUGCAUUCAGUCAGGACUGGCGCAAGGUCAUGCUUCUUACCUAUCCGGUCACGCAUUGCUGCGUCGACUGUUUCAAUUCCAUGUCCCUGGAGUAGCCAGCACACACGGGAACACUCGACCGAGUCGACCGACAGUCCUGCCGCUAUCGUGGAUCGGUGGCGGCAAGAGAUGCUUCAGAGAGAAGUGGUGACUCACGAUACAUUGGUAGCCUCGCCUUUCAACUUGCUUGCAAAUACCCUCGAAGAAUCGGCCGUGCCAUUCCAGCAUGAACAGUUUCCACCCAACGGGACCGUAAUUCCGGCAACGUGGCAUCACGUUUACUUUCCACCCAGAAUGCCGAACCGCGAUCUGGCGUGCGACGGCUAUGAGACUGAUUUUUUUCCGCCUUCGCCAUUUGUUCAACGCAUGUGGGGUGGUGCCAAAUAUACGUGGAGUCCCAAUUCGCUACGCGUGGGUCAAAACGUGACCAUGAAAACGACCAUGGAACGCACUGAACACCAACAGGGUCGCCUGGGCGAUUCGUGCUUUGUAUGGCUCAAUAAGGACAUUGAGAACGAAAACGGUUGGUCCAUGCAAGAACAACGAUGCCUUGUCUAUCUAACAAGGCAAGACGACCGGGUGACACCAAGUCGUGCCAUUCCAGCUAAAAAGACGCCCGCCUUUUCCAAAAUCAUUCAUCCUGCUUCCAUCCUACUGUUCAGAUACUCAGCUUUAACCUUUAACGCCCACCUGAUCCAUUACGAUCAUCUUUAUGCAACUGGCAAAGAACAUCAUCCUGCAUGCCUUGUUCACGGGCCAUUAAGCGGUACCAUGAUGAUGGGCUUAUUACGAAACCACUUGGCGGAUCAAGGUUCAUUGGAUGAAGCCCGCUUCCGUUCUUUCCAAUACCGAUGCUUGAUGCCAUUGUAUGUCGGUCAACCUCUCAAGUUGUGUGGCCGUCGUUUGCCAGCCACAACGGCAGGCAUCGAAGAGUAUGAGCUUUGGAUAGCCAAUCACCAAGGGAAUCUCGCCGUCAAAGGCACAGUCGAACUGGCCACGGCAUAAAAGAAAUACCUUGUAAAAAAAAAAAAAAAAAAAAAAA